GGAGUGCGGUGAUAUGGGAGGUAGCCCUUUAGGGCAAUGGCCUCAUGGGCUGAGUUCGAUGAUGGCCUCCCUUGCCUGCACCCUCGGCAUCUUCAACAUAUCCAGGUUUGCUGUCCUCAGUGUACAGUUUGGAGCAAACUUUAUAGUGCAGUUUUUAGUGAUGUCCCUUCUCCUGGGUAUUCCACUGUUCACCUUUCACGUAUCAUUAGGUCAGCUCUUGGGAUCCGGUGCCAUGGAUAUGUGGAGGAUAUCUCCAAUUUUUCAGGGAAUUGGUAUAGCUUUAAUUUUGUCCCAAGCUCUUCUUGGGAUUUAUAGCAUUGUUGGAGUUUCUUGGAUGUAUGUUUACUUUAGAGAUUCAUUCAUUACCAAACAAGAUACCUACAGAUGGUCAGAACCUUACGACAUAAUAUUAGGUCAGAACUGGAAAACAAAUACUACCAUUAAACUUGAGGAAACUGUUUCAAAUUAUUUUAGUGCUGUAGUUUUGCAAAGGAGUAACCUAGAAACACCAGCUAAUGCGCCUGGACAUCUCAAAUUUCAAGUUACAUUUAAUCUUGCAGUUGUGUGGAUGAUAGUGUUCAUUUCUCUGAGUAAAGGUUUGAAAUCCUACGGUAAAGUAGUAUUUCUUUUCUCACUUGCUCCAACUUUUGGAAUGCUAGUUUUAUGUACAAAACUCUUAGGAUUAGCUCCGCAAGGAUCAAAGAUUCAACUCGGAUUUCCACAAUCUGAAUGGGGAGAAUUUUUUUCUAAUACUAAGAGUUGGUCGGCUGCUAUGUGCGAAGCAUUCUACACCUGGGGACUCCUUGGCGCUUCUGCAAUGCAGAUGGCAUCGCAUAAUAGAGCAAAGCACCAUCUUCAUAGAGAUACCAGUUUCGUCACAGUCAUCACUUUACUAGUUCUCGUUCUUGCAGCAUUCCUCGCCAAUACCUGCUCUCAGCUUCUCCAUUACCAUGGCUACACUUACAUACCCAGUUCGUUUGAAAAAAUGUCGAGCUACGGAUUCCUCCAUCAUGUGAAAGGUCCUCCGUUGCUGGCCUCUAUGGCCAGUACUCCUCCAAGAUUCUAUCAACGCUCUCUAUUUCAAGUUGGAGAGAGGGUGAUCAGGCCGGCGGUGAACACAAGGCAGCAGAGCGGGUAUCAGGCUCUCAGGUUGGCCACGGAACUUGUACCUGCAACCUUAGCCGUUCUUGGGCCUGGUAAACUGUCACCGUUUUGGUCUGUCCUCUUCUAUUUUGUGUUGAUACUCUUUGGAAUUGCUCAGCAGCUUGCUAUAAUGCAUUGCGUAAUCACUGGAAUUAUGGCAAUAAAAGUUAAAACUAUGAAGUCUUGGGAGACGACUAUUACAUUUUUCACUUGUGUUUGUGGAUUUAUUUUGGGUCUCCCCAUGGCUACUGAGUUGGGAAUAUUUGUCGUUUACUUCCUGGAUUACACUGUUGGAGGUGGUUGGUGGAUCAUGCUCCUCUACCUGAUAGAAUUGAUUGCAGUGUUUAUGGUUAGAGGGAGACCUUAUUCUGGUGAAACUGUAGUAGCUACAUUAUUCGCUCAUGCUGGGCGUUUUCUUCAAGAAUGGGCAGCUCCUAUUUUGUCAUUUGUUUGGAAUGUUGUUUUACCAGUAAUGCUGAUGGUGUUGUGUAUAUCUGUAUUCAAGAAUGGCAACUAUAGAGAAAUGUUACGGUUAGGAGGGAUGCUGAAUUACGACUACUGGCCUGCGUGGAGUCGUCAUGUCGGGGCAUUGAUACAGCUUAUACCUCUGUUGGCCGUCCCAUUCAUCGGAAUUGUGCAGAGCUGUCGUUACUUAUCUAGUGGACCUCCAGAUGUUUUCGAUCGUAUACAGUUACUGUAUCGACCUUCUGAAGAAGCCAUGUCUCCUAGUAAUAGCGAUUCUAUAGAUCCAGCUAACGCUGAUCCUGAAACAGGAAAUUCGAAUACUACAACUCCACAAAACAAUGCCGUUGAAGAUCCUCCACCAAAAUACACACCGCCACCCUCAUAUUCAACUGCCACAGGGGCCAGGAUUGCAAAGCUGAUGCGCCAAAGUUUCCGCCGCAGUGUUAGGCGUAUUCAGACUGCAUUUGCUGGAGGAGGAGGAGGAGGAGGAGGAAGCGGAGGAGGUAGUGGAUCAGGAGUUGGGGAAGGAUCGAGUGCAGAACCGCCACCGCCUGAUUACGAUACCGUACUUGUCGAGAUACACCAGUCCUUGUCGUCCGACGCAGGACCAACAACGUCAUCGACAUUGGCGACCGUCAGUGAGGUAGCCUCACGCCUGAGGUCCAGCUUCCGCCGUGCCAUGAGUAGCCAGUCACAGCAGUGUCUUGUCCCCUCGGCGUCUCCCAUUCACAGGGACUCGAUAAUUUUAGAAGACAAAAGGGUGGACUGA